CUGUGUGUACUGCUGCUGUGUGAAGUGGAGGCAGUCGUUAUUGAUGGGGGGCGGACGACCCCCCCCUCCCCCCCAGAUGAGUCCAAACAUGGGUUUCUUCACUUAAAGCUGCUGUACAGGACGAACCAUGUGGAGAGUUAAAGGUUUUGUUGGACGAGUUCUGCAUCGAUGCUAUGGCAACAGCCCUCUGCGACUGCCACAGAACCACCAUGUGGAGGACGAGGUCAUCAACAGCUCGACCGUCCUCUCUACCUCUCGACACACCUCUGACAUCAGCUCUCAGAAGGAGGAGGAUGGAGAGAGGAGGAAGAAACAGAGGACCUUUCAAUUUGGCUAUGCUGAGCUUCCACGUUACACAGCUCUGGAUGCAGUGGGAUGGGGUGCUGCAGCAGUUCUGUUCAUGCAGUUCUGUAAGAGGAUCCACUCCCGGCUCUCUUCAGGGUCUGAGCCGAGUCCGAUCCCUGGUGCCCGGACAGCACCCUCCACCCUACACAAAUGUGGCUACCGCAUCCUGCUGGAUAUCUUGCCCAAACGUGAUGUCCUGCCCAGAGGAAGGAGUGUGUUGUGUCUGCAGGGGGUGCCAGAGAGUCAGAACCAGGAUCAGUCCCUGUCUCAGAGCAGCAGCAGCAGCAGCAGCAACAGCAGCAGCAGUGCAGGUGACACCAGUCUUCACAGCAGUAGUGAGCAGGACUAUCUGACUUCUGCCAUCUCUGACCCACAGAGGGCACUCCUGCACCAGGAUUCAUCUAUACCCGAGGAAUCACUUCUGUCAGCGUCCUGUCCUCUGCAGAAUGAUGCCAGCCAAGACAACACAAAGACAACAGAUGCUAAUGACAAGGACAUGUUGUCGAGUGAGGAGAGGCUGGCAGGAGCAGCACUGAACCUCAGACAUGUGGGAGACACCAGUGUUCCUGUUAUCCUCAACAUCAUUGGUCUAGAAAGUGCCAAGGGUGAGAACUACGAGGAAGCUUUUAUAUGUUUUGUUGCUGCAGCUCGGCAGGGUUACAGCAAAGCCCAGUUUAACUUGGGUGUGUGCUACGAGAAAGGCAGAGGAGUCAGCAAGGACAAAGAGAAGGCUCUGUAUUACUACUGGCAGGCAGCAGCUGGGGGUCACAGACAGGCUCAGUACCGCUAUGCAAAGCUGCUCAUGACCAGCAGGGGGCACCAGAGUUUAGAGGAGCUGAACGCAGCCAUCAGCUUAUUGGAACAGGCUGCUGCAGCUGGACUCACCAAGGCUCAGGUCUGCCUGGCCUCGGUCUACUCUCACGAGCUAGUGAGAGACGGGAGCAAGUCAGUCCAGUACCUGAAGAUGGCAGCAGAGAGCGGAGACGACACUGCCCUGCUGUUCCUGGGUCAGUGUUUUGAGAGCGGCUUUGGUGUGCAGCAGAAUCUGAGGACAGCAAUUGAAUACUACAAACGAGCCGCUCGAGCUGGCAACAAGCAGGCUAAGAGCUUACUGACGCCUCCUAAUGACAUGCUUAAGGCAGAAGAAGCAGUGCUGCGCUCCAUCCGUUCAGCUCCAUGUUUCUCUGUAGCCGAUCAUCGGCUCCAGCAGCCGCUCUCCUCUCUGGCCAGUUGCAUUGCUCCCUCCACCGGUCACCCCGUGGCCCUUCCCCUCCUGCCUCACUCCUGGAGCACCGGGAACUUGUGUGUCCCCCCCACGCUGUCUACCACGCAUCUUCACCUCCAUCCACAAAGUGCUGAGGGAGGAACCUGCCAGUGGACUGUAGGGAUAGGAUAGUUGACCUUUGGCACAGGCCAAACUGAGAAAUGUGUUUUAUGUGAAUGUAUUUUCACCAGAGGAGAAUGGUCAGUGUGUUUUAGGUGUGUACAUAAUUGUGAAUCAAAAUAAGUGGGUUUUUUAUAAGUCUGAAAGAGUUGUUGGAUACAAAGUCUUACAAUAUUAGUGUAGAAUGACAUGGAAGCUUUUUUUUAUUAUUUGUUUCUAUACAGUACAGUGUUUUCAGUGAAAUAAGUUCUCCUGUGGUUAAGAAAAUGUCAUCUCGUGCCUUUGGGUGGGGUGAAAAUAUCAAGUGGUGACUUGUUUCUCUCCCUACUAAUGAGGGAUAAAUUACUCUCUGUGCUUUACAUUAGUGUCAUACUUUAACCUUCAGUAAUACUGGUUGCUAAAUCAGUGAAAUGGUCCAUUGUUGUCUAUUCUUGUAAGAGACAAAAAGGGAAAUCACUAAGUUUUUUUUUUUUAUAGUCCAGCAUAACUAAGCCAAAGUGAAUUAUGAUGCACUAUGAGGAGGAUGUUCUACUGUUAUGCGCACAAGUAAAAUAAACAAUCCUAAAAGUC